UCGCCGCGGCGCCCCGAAGAAGGAUUGGCGCAGGCCGCUCUCGGAGCGCCGAGGCCGCACCCUCCCCGAGCCAGGCGGAAGUCGCGGACGCCGUGGGGCGGAGGCGGGAGCGGCCGGGGCGGCGAUGAGUGGUCUCGGCAGACUCUUCGGGAGGGGGAAGAAGGAGAAGGGGCCAACCCCUGAAGAGGCAAUACAGAAGCUGAAGGAGACAGAGAAGAUACUGAUCAAGAAACAGGAGUUUUUGGAGCAGAAGAUUCAACAGGAGCUGCAAACUGCCAAGAAGCAUGGGAUCAAGAAUAAGAGAGCCGCCCUACAGGCUUUGCGGAGGAAGAAAAGAUUGGAACAACAGUUGGCACAAACCGAUGGGACAUUGUCCACCCUGGAGUUUCAGCGUGAGGCCAUUGAGAAUGCCACCACCAAUGCAGAAGUGCUUCGUACCAUGGAGCUUGCCGCCCAAGGCAUGAAGAAGGCCUACCAGGACAUGGACAUUGACAAGGUGGAUGAACUGAUGGCUGACAUUACAGAACAGCAGGAGGUGGCCCAGCAGAUCUCAGAUGCCAUUUCUCGGCCUGUGGGCUUUGGAGAUGUUGUGGAUGAGGAUGAGCUGCUGGAGGAGCUAGAGGGGCUGGGGCAGGAGGAAUUGGCCCAGGACUUGUUAACUGUGGGUGACAAGGAGGAAGAACCCCCCAUUGAACUGCCCAGUGUACCGUCUCCACAUCUGCCUGCAGGACCAGCUCCCGAAGCAGAUGACGAUGAAGAGGCCUUAAAGCAAUUGGCUGAGUGGGUAUCCUGAUAAGUCUCGGCUUGUCUUCCCGGUGCUGCCUUCAUUGGUGUCUUUUCCUUAAGUGCCAAGUGCUAAGCUAAAGGAACACAGCCUUUUGGGGAGGUCCUGCUGAGGGUGAUCGUGUGACCCUGCCUGAAAAGGGGUUGUCGCCCUCCCCUCCCUCGCUCAACUCUGAAAAAGGACCUUGGUGUGAGAGGAGCCCCUGGGCUCCCUUCUCUUUGAUAGCAGUUACAGUGCCCUUGUUCCCAAUAAAAUCGGGCGGGUGGAACCAUAGUGCUUAUACCCGCGUCUGCACCUGAAA